CCACAAUAAGAACAUAGAAGAAGAAUGAACACGUCAUCCACCAGAGACAGCAGACAGACAACAACAGGCUUUUAAAACAUGGGAUUUUUAUUUGAAUAAAGUUCUUGGUAUCGUUUAAUUAUCAGAGAUAGGUUUUCCUCCUCCCGGCCAGUCAGGGUACUGCGGGAUAUUUAAUAACAAGCCGCCGGUACCCGGAAGACGGGUCCGACACGUGGCUCAGUUUUUACCUUUUAAAAGGGCUUUAAGAUUUAAGAUGUCCAAGAAGAAGAACGGGAUCCCGGACAGAUGGCUGAACUACGGCGCCGUUGGGCGGAGGCUUCAGGGGACGCGCUUCAUCGCCUUCAAAGUGCCUCUGAAGCAGGCGUUGAACCGCCAGCUCCCGAGCUCGGAAGUGUUCGGCCCCUGGGAGCUGCUGGACUCUGUGCAGGACCAGAACCAGGAACUGGGUCUAAUCAUCGACCUGACCUUCACCACGCGCUACUACACCAUACAGGACGUCCCCGAGUCGCUGCUGUUUGUGAAGAUCUUCACCAUGGGUCACGAGGUCCCCAAAGACGGCACCAUCCUGAGCUUCAAACGCGCCGUGCGAACAUUUCUGAGAGACAACGCCGACAACGACAAGCUGAUCGGAGUCCACUGCACACACGGGCUGAACCGCACCGGAUACCUCAUCUGCAGGUAUCUGAUAGAUGUGGAUGGGAUGGAUCCUAAGGAGGCCGUGAAGUUGUUCAACUCCUCUCGGGGUCACGCUGUGGAGAGACAGAACUACCUGCAGGAUCUGCAAAGAGGACCCAAGAGGAGAAAUGAUGGGAUGGAGGAGUCUGAGCAGGAGCCAAUCAGAGGCCUCGCUUCACACCGGCCGAGUAACAGCCACUCUGAGACGAGAGACGAGAGAUGGGCGCAGAGCCGAGACUCCCAUCAGCACAGACCCUUACCUCCAAGAGGAACGAGCCAGCGCUCACACCCACACAACGGCCUUCUUCCUAACCCUCCAUCACUGCCUCGUCCUCCUCCCCACGGAGCCCCUUUCAACCCGUAUCGAUGGACUGCCCCCCAACCGGACACCCAGUGGAGGAGACCCAGGUUUUCUCCCCCUCCUGCAGAAAGAAGGUCUAGAUAUUCUCCCCCGCGCCAGGAUAGGAGGUUUUCUCCCCCACGGCCGGAUACGAGGGUGAGACAUCCUCCCCCACCUCUAGGAGGAAGAGCAAGGUUUUCUCCCCCACGUUCAGACAGGAGGCCCAGGAAUCCCCCCCCCGCCUCCCGUGUGCAGGAGGACCGACGCAGAGCUCCCCCCCACGCCUCCCGUGUGCAGGAGGACCGACGCAGAGCUCCCCCCCACCUCCCUCGUUACUCUGCGAACUGGACUAACGAGACUAAGGAGUCUAACGGACCGGAGGGGGAGUGGUUUCGUCACCCCUCCCAAGCACACAAAGGGAACUGGUUUGAUCCGUACCAGUGAGGACCCCUCUGAGGGUCUUCUGAUGGGGGGGGGGGGGGGUUAUGAAACGCUCGGACUGGUUUGCAUGCAGUUUGUGAAGUGUCCUCAUUUGAGUCCCAGAAAGAGUCAAGGAAAAAUAUCAACAUCUACCCCCCCACCUCCAGAAAGAAGGUCUCCACCUCCCCCGGAGAGGACUUCAGUGUUUCUUCCUCCAGCUGCAGGGAGGAGGUCCAUGCUUACUCCUUGCUGGGGAGAGGAACUGGGGAGAGGAGCUGGGGAGAGGAGCUGCGGAGAGGAGCUGUGGAGAGUAGGUGGGGAGAGGAGCUGGGGAGAGGAGCUGGGGAGAGAGGUGCCUGUGUACAGGUCGCCCCCCCAUGUUUUACUUUGUGCAUGUAACAUCUGUAGUGUGUGUUGAGUGAGUCUGAAUGAUGCUUGUGGUGAGUACAUUACACAUACAGUGUUUCAUAUGCAGUUUAUAGUUUAAGUAUGGAUUAGCAUUUUCUGUGAUGAAUAUAAUGUUGUUUUUAUUGGUGCAUUCUAAGUACGGCAAACCACUAACAUCCGUUUGGGGAGAACAAAGCAGAUGUUAUUUUUUUACAUUUUAAUACCAAUAAAGGUUGUACGUUUGUAUAGAUAAAUAAAUAUGAAA